AUGUCAUCAACAGAAGUAGAUGAAAAAAAAUCACAAUUGUUACAACAAGAAUAUAAUCGAUAUCAGAAUCUUAUACAAGAAUUAGAAUCUCAAUCUCAAACAAUUCAACAACAAAUUCAAGAACAUGUAAUAGUAGAUCAUUCAUUAACUGCAAUAGAACCUGAAAAAAGACAAGGUAGGAAAUGUUUUAAAAUGAUUGGCGGUGUAUUGAUUGAAAAAACAAUUGAUGAAGUUAUUAAAAUAUUAAGUGAUGAAUUAAAACAAUUAACUAAUCAAAGACAAGAAAUUGAUAAAGAAUUGAAAGCAAGUAGGGAGAAGUUGGAAAGUUGGAUUAAACUGAACAAGAUCAAAAUAGUGAAGAACUAA